AGCUAUCCCAUCCCCUGGACUGGAGCUCCCCAUCCCCUGGACUGGCGCUCCCCAGUGGCCAGUGGCCGUGCUGCCCAACGCGCACCCGGCAAAGAUGAAGCUAUCCCAUCCCGUGGAGCUCCCCAGUGCCCGUGCUGCCCACAGCCCACCGCCACCGCCACCUCGACCUCGCCACUGCCUGUCGUCCAGCUUCCCAGCCCGGCAGCCCCACCGUGGAGGUUCUGGAAGUGGCGUAUCCCUUCUCGACAUGCAGAGCGCCGCGGCUUUGCGGCCGUGCCCCGCCCGGCAGCUGGUGAGCCGUAAUCCCAGGCCGCCGCCCCCUCCUCCCGGCCCACCAGCAACAAGUGUCGUGCGGCGCGGCCGGGGAUGCUGUGGCGGCCCCAGUGCGGAGGAAGGCGGCGGGCUCAUGAAGACGCGCGCUGUGGCUCGGCUCGCUCUUCGGCCUAUGGUAUACUUCAACAUCUAUAAAAAGCAGAAUACUAGGAUGAAGGAGGAGAGGAAUAGUCUAAGGAUGAUCAUGGGACAAUAAAUGGGGGAAGACUUGGCCUCAUUUGACGUACAAGUUAUGAGCAGCCUUGAGCAGUAGAUCGAGUUUUGAUACAAAAAGUUUGUCUCAGGAAGGUACAAGAGAUGCACAUGAUGCCAGGAGAACAAAACGAUUACAUGUGCCUCAUGGUAAGGCACUUGGCCUUGCUUAUAGUUUUAGUUUCCAUGUAGAGCUUACUAAAAGGGAACCAUGUUUGUGCACUUGGCCCCACUUAUUGUAUAGUGGAAACAAGAGUUUCCUUAUGCUAUUUCCAUGAAAAGCACUCGCUGUAUAUUCCCAAUAAAGAAGGAGGUUGCCUGCAUAGUCAAUCAUCAUUAAUCAGUGACAAAUUAGAACUUAGUUACCUUGGGUGGUAUCAUACCUAUAACACUUUCUGAAUUUUAUAUUUUA